CUGCCAGCGCUGGCAGUGAGGAAAUCCACAGGGCAGCAGCCUGCACAUACCCUGCCCUCGCUCACUGCCUGCCUGCAGCCAGUUCUGUACAAGGCACAAUGACCCAGAGGACAGGAGGCCCAGCCCUAGUGGUGCUUCUGGCUUUCUGGGUGGCACUGGGCCCCUGUGACCUGCAGGGGACAGAUCCUGGAGCAUCAGGAGAUGCUGAGGGCCCCCCGUGCCCUGUCAUCUGUUCCUGCAGCUACGAUGACUAUACAGAUGAGCUCAGCGUCUUUUGCAGUUCAAGGAACCUCACACGGCUGCCCGAUGGCAUCCCAAUCAGCACCAGGGCCCUGUGGCUUGAUGGCAAUAACCUCUCCUCUAUUCCCUCAGCGGCUUUCCAAAACCUGUCCAGUCUGGACUUUCUCAACCUGCAGGGCAGCUGGCUAAACAGCCUGGAGCCACAGGCACUGCUGGGCCUGCAGAACCUUUACCACUUGCACCUGGAGCGGAACCUGCUCCGGAGCCUAGCUGCUGGCUUAUUCACGCACACACCCAGCCUGGCCUCACUCAGCCUGGGCAAUAACCUCCUGGGCCGGCUGGAAGAGGGCCUAUUCCAGGGCCUUGGUCACCUUUGGGACCUCAACCUCGGUUGGAACAGCCUAGUGGUACUGCCUGACAUGGUGUUCCAGGGACUGGGUAAUCUCCGUGAGCUGGUGCUAGCUGGCAACAAACUGGCUUACCUGCAGCCUUCGCUCUUUUGUGGCUUGGGUGAGCUGCGAGAGCUGGACCUGAGCAGGAACGCACUGCGCAGUGUCAAAGCCAAUGUCUUCAUACACCUGCCCAGGCUGCAGAAGCUGUACCUGGACCGCAACUUUGUCACAGCUGUGGCCCCCGGUGCCUUCCUGGGCAUGAAGGCACUGCGUUGGCUGGACCUGUCCCAUAACCGUGUGGCCGGUCUCUUGGAGGACACCUUCCCAGGCCUGCUGGGUCUGCAUGUCCUGCGUCUGGCACACAAUGCCAUCACCAGUUUGCGGCCGCGUACUUUCAAAGACCUACACUUCCUGGAGGAACUGCAGCUUGGCCACAAUCGCAUCCAGCAGCUAGGUGAGAAGACAUUUGAGGGCCUGGGGCAGCUGGAGGUGCUGACACUCAAUGACAAUCAGAUCCAGGAGGUUAAGAUAGGUGCCUUCUUUGGCCUCUUCAAUGUGGCUGUUAUGAAUCUCUCCGGUAACUGUCUGAGGAGCCUCCCAGAGCGGGUGUUCCAGGGUCUGAGCAAGCUGCACAGCCUGCACUUGGAGCACAGCUGCGUGGGCCGCAUCCGCCUGCAUACUUUCGCUGGUCUCUCAGGGCUGCGCAGGCUCUUCCUCAGGGACAACAGCAUCUCCAUCAUUGAAGAACAGAGCCUGGCAGGGCUCUCUGAGCUCCUGGAGCUUGAUCUUACUGCCAACCAGCUCACACAUUUGCCCCGCCGGCUUUUCCAGGGCCUUGGCCAGCUGGAGUACCUUCUUCUCUCACAUAACCGGCUGUCGGCACUGUCUGAGGAUGUCCUGAGCCCCCUGCAGCGGGCCUUCUGGCUGGACAUCUCACACAACCGCCUGGAGGCGCUGUCUGAAGGCCUUCUUUCACCACUGGGGCGGCUACGCUACCUCAGCCUCAGGAAUAACUCUUUGCAGACCUUUUUGCCACAACCUGGCCUGGAACGCCUGUGGCUUGAUGCCAACCCCUGGGACUGCCGCUGUCCCCUCAAGGCACUUCGUGACUUUGCCCUGCAGAACCCCAGCAUUGUCCCCCGCUUUGUUCAGGCUGUCUGUGAGGGGGAUGACUGCCAGCCAGUGUACACCUACAACAACAUCAGCUGUGCUGGCCCUGCCAAUGUCUCAGGCCUCGACCUACGAGACAUCAGUGAAACACAUUUUGUGCACUGCUGACCCUGGCUACUACUGGCCUGGUUUGGCCUCAUGCUAUCCUGUGGUCAGGACAGUGUCUCACUGUUACUGAAGCUAGCAGCGGAAGGAAGGACACCUGCCCAUCUCUCUAGGGGACAGGUCCUGGGCUGCUUGCUCACUUCCUGGAAUCAGGGCAGUACUGGCAGCUAUGUGACCUAAACUCAGAAAGGGUGGGCGCAGGCCAGGUGCGCCUCAACCAGGAGGGGAAGGCUCCUCAGCAGUCCCUGCUGGCAACAAUUAAAGCAAGCACUAA